GAUUACCUCUAUUAAGUCACGUACUUCCGGCUAUCAGCUCACUCUCCAGUUUGGAAUCACAUCCCAUAUUGCCUACCAGCCAGAUAGUGAGAUCGACAUAUCGAAUUGGAACCUACCAGCUAACACUCCAUUGGCUGACGAAUCGUUCUAUAGGACUAAACGUAUUGAUUUGUUACUGGGGACCGAAGCCUUCUAUGGAGCUCUAGCUGUUGGCCAGAUUCGCAUUGGUCCAAAUCCUCCCACUUUGCAGAAGACUCUUUUUGGUUGGGUUGUUGCUGGGAGGUACCAGCGGCAAUAUAACAGACAGCCACUAUGUGCUUGGCGACUGUAGAAGAGUCGAUCGACAAGAAUUUGCAGCAAUUAUGGAAAGUGGACUCAUUUGUCGAUCCAAGCGCUAGAAUGCUCCCAAAUCAUCGUCGCUGUGAGGACCAUUUCAGGGACACAACACAUCAGGAUGCCAGUGGGCGGAUUGUCGUUCGCUUGCCAUUUCAAGAAGAUCCAAGUUGUCUUGGAAGUUCCUUCGAUACAGCUCGAACUCGAUUUUUUGCCAUUGAGAGACGUCUCGCUCGUCUACCGCAGGAAUAUGAAAGUCUCGGCCAUAUGUCCCUCGUACUGAAUCCUAACUUGGAAGAACCGCAUUAUUAUAUACCCCACCAUUUCGUUCUGAAACCAAACAGUACAUCGACGAAGCUCAGAGUUGUCUUUGACGCCUCUUGCCGUACAACAUCUCAAAGGUCACUUAACGAUCUACUUUUAGUCGGCCCUACCAUUCAGGAUGAGUUGUACUUGCAAUUGCUGCGGUUCCGCAUGCAUAGGUUCGGCAUCACAGCCGACGUCACAAAAAUGUACAGGCAGGUACUUGUGAGUGAGAAAGAUAGAAAAUUCCAGUACAUUUUGUGGCGAGCAUCUCCAAAUACGGAUCUUCAAACCUACCAACUCAAUACAGUGACAUAUGGGACUGCGUCUGCCCCAUUUCUCGCAACUCGUAGUUUGCAUUACUUGGCUGAGGAUUGUAAGGAUGCAUGGCCAUUAGGGGCUGCUGCUGUUAAAACUGCAUUUUAUGUUGAUGACCUUUUGUGUGGGGCUGGUGAUAUAGAUACACUCUUCAAACUAAAAACUGAAAUCACAUCAACUCUCGCUCGUGGUCAGUUUCCAUUAUGCAAGUGGCAUUCAAAUCAUCCAGGCGUGAUGGAAGACGAAUCUACCAAGGAAUUAAACAUUUCAGAAAACUCAGUCAGCAGCACACUCGGCUUAACUUGGCAUCAACGAAGAGAUGCAUUUAGUUUCACAUUUAAUCCAAAGGAAGUCUAUCCCACUACCACAAAACGAACAAUUUUGUCUACUGCGUCGUCGCUAUUCGAUCCAAUCGGUCUGCUAUCACCGUUAGUCAUUGUCUCUAAGAUCAUUCUUCAGGAGUUGUGGCUUUUGAAACUCGACUGGGACGAGUCUGUCCCCCAGAAUUUAAGCCACGCAUGGAGCAAGUGUUUGGAAUCGCUGAAUUCACUGUCGUCACUAGCGGUACCUCGUUUUUGUUUGCAGCCUGAUACUAGGAGCAUUCAAAUACAUGGAUUUUGCGACGCAUCGAUUCGGGCAUACGGCUGCUGUGUUUAUGUGCGCACGGAGAAUUCGCUUGGACAGGUCACAGUGAAAUUGUUCACUUCUAAGUCUAGAGUAGCACCAGUGAAGAAACAGUCUCUUCCGAAGCUUGAACUAUGCGGCGCACAUCUACUUUCUCAGUUGUAUAACAAAGUCAAGGCCAUAUUCAGUAAACACACUAUCACAUCUUAUUUUUGGAGCGACUCACAGCUCGUAUUGCAUUGGUUGCAACAACACUCAGUCACCUUAUCGACCUUUGUUGGAAAUCGAGUGUCCGAUAUUCAGGAUUUAACGUCUGAUGGAAAAUGGCGCUAUGUGCCAACACAUCAAAACCCUGCUGAUAUUCUGUCGCGAGGCUGUAACGUGAGCGAGUUGAUUAAGUCUCCAUGGUUUUCGGGUCCUACGUUUCUAGUCGAAGAUUCACUAAGCUGGCCCGCCACUGGUGGAAAACUUGAUAUUGACAUGGACGUGGUUAACUCGGAGAAUCGGAAAAGUUUGUUUGCUGCCGUACACGAGACAAAUAAUAUCCUCAACAUCGUCGAUAAUAUCAGCUCGUACACUCACAGUCUGCGUCUCAUUGCUUGGAUGAUUAGGUUCAUAAGGAGAUGUCGGAAGCAAUCGACGUUUACCACAACCUCACCGACGCCAGAUGAACUUCGUUUUGCUUCACAUUGCCUUAUUUGGAACAUUCAACAAACUCAUUUUGUAGAGGACAUCCGUUUACUUCAGAAGCAAAAACCAUUAAAAAGCAGCUUAAAGUUUCUUACUCCCUUUUUAGAAGUCGUGAACGGAUUCGAACUUAUCAAGGUUGGUGGACGUUUGGAAUACUCAGACCUACAAGACGGUCAAAAACAUCCGUUGCUGCUGCCUAGUCAGUCCAAAUUUGUAUGGAACUAUAUUCGCCAUUUGCAUCUUCGGAACUAUCACGCUGGACCUAAAGCCCUAGUCGCUCUCAUUCGUUUGGAGUAUUGGAUCGUUAACGCCAGAGACUUAGCACGUAGAAUUGUUCGCUCCUGUGUACACUGCGUUCGCUACAGACCGAAGCUGCUACAACAACUCAUGGGCUCAUUACCGCCUACGCGACUCGCUCCGGCUCGACCCUUUGAACGCUGUGGAGUUGACUUUUGUGGACCCAUCAACACAUAUCUACGCAUUCCAGGAAAGGGACCUACAAAAGCAUACAUAGCCGUGUUCGUUUGCCUUCUCACCAAGGCCGUUCACAUCGAAGUAGUCUCUGAUUUGUCAACAAAGGCGUUCUUAAACGCAUUGAAACGGAUGGGAGGUCGUCGCAAGCUGCCGACAGACAUCUUCUGCGAUAAUGCCACUAACUUUGGCACCUCAUUUCGGAGGCCUUUGGGAAGCGGCAGUCAAGAGUGCAAAGGGGCUGUUAAAUCGUACGCUGGCCAACACCAGAUUCACCUUUGAAGAGUUGAGCACUGUCGUCGUCGAGAUAGAAUCGAUCCUCAACUCGCGCCCGCUAUCGCCGCUUUCGUCAGACCCAAAUGACUAUAGCACUCUCACGGCUGGUCAUCUCUUGGUUGGCGAAUCAUUGCGAUCACUACCUGAAAGGUCCCUCGAGAAUAUCAAGCUGUCAAGUAUGGACCGCUACGAUGCGAUUACGGCCGUCAAGCAACGGUUUUGGAAGCAAUGGUCUGCUGACUAUGUCAACGAAUUGCGAUCGCGCACGAAGUGGACAGCACCCUCAACGAACCUCACCGAGGGCACGUUGGUCAUCAUCCAUGAGGACAACCUGCCACCGCUACGCUGGAAACUAGGCCGAGUGCAGUCUACUGUGCUUGGGAAGGAUGGACUUGUACGGGUGGUGCACCUCCGCACUGCAAAUGGAACAUGUUGCAGGCAAAUACACAAGUUGGCAAUUCUUCCGGUGGUUUGAAAGCAGUCCUUUCAGCGGGGCCGGGAUGUUCGGUCAAACUCCUUUAAGGAACAAGUAUUCA